GAGUGUUUGCUGCGGGCGGAGCCUCGGCCUGAGACCCGUGACACGCUCCGUGUGAUUCCGGGAUCGGCCGAAGCCGUGAGGCCCAGACCGGCUCCGCACGGACAGGGUGAGGGCCGCCAGUAGAUACAGCAAGUCUUGAGGAAAGGAACAAAGAGUGAAGAUUGCCCCUUGGCGGCGUGGGAUACCUGCCGCGCACAGCCAAAAUGGCUGACGUAGAUCCUGAUACGCUGCUGGAAUGGCUUCAAAUGGGGCAGGGGGACGAGCGAGACAUGCAGCUCAUCGCCCUUGAACAACUCUGUAUGCUGCUACUCAUGUCUGAUAAUGUGGACCGGUGCUUUGAAACAUGCCCCCCUCGGACCUUCCUGCCAGCUUUAUGCAAGAUCUUUCUUGAUGAGAGUGCACCUGACAAUGUAUUGGAGGUCACAGCCCGUGCCAUCACCUACUACUUAGAUGUGUCUGCUGAGUGCACCAGGCGCAUUGUGGGAGUGGAAGGUGCGAUUAAGGCCCUGUGCAACCGGCUUGUAGUAGUGGAACUCAACAACAGGACAAGCAGGGAUUUGGCUGAGCAGUGUGUUAAGGUAUUAGAGCUAAUAUGUACCCGGGAGUCUGGUGCGGUGUUUGAGGCCGGAGGUCUGAACUGUGUGCUUACCUUCAUCCGGGACAGUGGACAUCUGGUGCAUAAGGACACUCUGCACUCUGCAAUGUCAGUGGUGUCACGGCUGUGUGGGAAAAUGGAGCCUCAAGAUGCCUCCUUAGAGACCUGUGUAGAGUCUCUCUCCAGCCUUCUAAAGCAUGAAGAUCACCAGGUGUCUGAUGGGGCCCUCCGUUGCUUUGCUUCUCUUGCUGAUCGAUUUACUCGUAGAGGUGUUGAUCCUGCUCCUCUGGCACAGCAUGGACUCACUGAGGAGCUCUUGUCACGUAUGGCAUCAGCUGGUGGCACAGUCUCUGGGCCACCGUCUGCUUGCAAGGCAGGACGUGGUACAAGUGGAGGACCUUCAACUUCUGGAGACUCAAAGAUCAGCAACCAAGUCUCCACCAUUGUCAGCCUUUUAUCCACUCUCUGCCGUGGAUCACCAGUGGUCACACAUGAUUUGUUACGAGCAGAAUUGCUAGAUUCAAUGGAGAGUGCACUACAAGGGGAUGAACGGUGUGUGCUGGACACUAUGCGACUUGUGGACUUACUUCUGGUGCUUCUGUUCGAGGGUCGCAAGGCUUUGCCUAAAUCAAGUGCUGGAUCAACAGGACGCAUCCCGGGUCUGAGGCGAUUGGAUAGCUCAGGAGAACGGUCCCAUCGUCAGCUGAUUGACUGCAUCCGGAGCAAGGACACUGAUGCACUAAUUGAUGCCAUUGACACAGGGGGUGUGUGUGAAGGGAGAACUGAGGCUUUUACCGGGGCUAGGGGCAAGUACCGGAUAAUGAAGAAAUCAUUUGAAGUAAAUUUUAUGGAUGAUGUUGGGCAGACUCUUCUGAACUGGGCUUCUGCUUUUGGCACUCAGGAAAUGGUGGAGUUUCUUUGUGAGAGGGGUGCAGAUGUGAAUAGAGGUCAGAGGUCAUCUUCCUUACAUUAUGCCGCUUGUUUUGGGAGACCUCAGGUGGCAAAGACCUUACUGCGUCACGGAGCUAACCCAGAUUUGCGAGAUGAAGAUGGAAAGACUCCUCUUGACAAAGCUCGGGAGCGUGGACACAGUGAAGUGGUGGCCAUCUUGCAAUCCCCAGGUGACUGGAUGUGUCCUGUGAACAAAGGAGACGACAAGAAAAAGAAAGAUUCAAACAGAGAAGAGGAGGAGUGCAAUGAGCCCAAGGGUGACCCUGAAAUGGCACCCAUUUACCUGAAGAGGCUGCUACCUGUCUUUGCUCAGACGUUCCAGCAGACCAUGUUACCAUCAAUCAGGAAAGCCAGCUUGGCUCUCAUCCGUAAGAUGAUUCACUUUUGCUCUGAAGCCUUGUUGAAGGAAGUUUGUGAUUCGGAUGCUGGACACAACCUGCCAACUGUCCUUGUAGAGAUAACUGCGACAGUACUAGACCAGGAGGACGAUGAUGACGGACACCUCCUGGCUUUACAGAUCAUCAGAGAUUUGGUAGACAAAGGGGAUGACCUCUUUUUGGAUCAGUUAGCCCGAUUAGGAGUCAUCAGCAAAGUAUCCACUUUAGCAGGUCCUACAUCUGAUGAUGAGAAUGAAGAGGAUCCAAAGCCAGAAAAGGAGGAUGAACCACAAGAAGAUGCCAAAGAACUGCAGCAGGGCCGACCAUACCAUUGGAGGGACUGGUCGGUGAUCCGCGGCAGGGACUGUUUAUAUAUUUGGAGUGAUGCUGCGGCCCUGGAGCUCUCCAAUGGAAGCAAUGGAUGGUUCCGCUUUAUUUUAGAUGGCAAGCUUGCAACCAUGUAUUCAAGUGGGAGUCCUGAGGGAGGCUCAGAUAGCUCAGAAAGCAGGAGUGAGUUCCUGGAGAAACUCCAGCGAGCACGCGGUCAGGUCAAACCUUCCACUGCCAGCCAGCCAUUCCUGUCCUCUCCUGGACCCUGCAAGCUCACUGUUGGUAACUGGUCCCUCACCUGUUUAAAAGAUGGAGAAAUUGCCAUUCACAACUCAGACGGGCAACAGGCUACUAUACUGAAGGAGGACUUACCGGGCUUUGUGUUUGAGUCUAAUCGGGGAACCAAGCACUCUUUCACUGCCGAAACCUCACUGGGAUCAGAGUUUGUGACUGGCUGGACAGGAAAGAGAGGUAGAAAGCUGAAAUCAAAGCUGGAGAAGACUAAGCAGAAGGUGCGGACAAUGGCAAGAGAUUUAUAUGACGAUCAUUUCAAGGCGGUGGAGAGCAUGCCUCGUGGAGUGGUCGUGACACUAAGAAACAUUGCAACGCAGUUGGAGUCCUCAUGGGAGCUUCAUACAAAUAGACAGUGUAUAGAAGGGGAGAACACGUGGAGAGAUCUGAUGAAGACUGCACUAGAAAACCUAAUUGUACUUCUGAAGGAUGAAAACACGAUUUCUCCGUAUGAAAUGUGCAGCAGUGGUCUAGUGCAAUCCCUCCUCACCGUGCUUAACAAUAGUGAAGAUUUUGAUAAUAAACAGGAUUGUGGGCAACUUGUGGAAAGACUCAAUGUCUUUAAAACCGCUUUCAGUGAAAACGAGGAUGACGAGAGCCGCCCAGCAAUUGCUCUAAUCAGAAAGCUAAUUGCAGUGCUUGAGUCCAUUGAACGCUUGCCCCUUCAUCUUUAUGACACACCUGGAUCCAGCUACAAUUUGCAGAUCCUGACACGGAGACUUCGGUUCCGCCUGGAGCGUGCCCCAGGAGAGACCUCUCUUAUUGACCGUACUGGUCGCAUGCUAAAGAUGGAACCUCUGGCAACUGUAGAGUCAUUAGAGCAAUACUUGCUGAAGAUGGUAGCUAAGCAAUGGUACGACUUUGACCGAUCAUCAUUUGUGUUUGUCCGCAAGCUACGAGAGGGACAGAGCUGUGUCUUCCGUCACCAACAUGACUUUGACGAUAAUGGAAUCAUGUAUUGGAUUGGGACUAAUGCAAAGACCGCAUAUGAAUGGGUAAAUCCAGCUGCUUAUGGCCUAGUCGUGGUUACCUCGUCUGAAGGCAGAAACCUACCAUAUGGACGGCUUGAGGACAUCCUAAGUCGCGACAGUUCUGCUCUUAACUGUCACACCAAUGAUGACAAAAGUGCCUGGUUUGCCAUUGAUCUUGGCUUGUGGAUUGUGCCCUCUGCAUACACACUGCGCCAUGCCCGUGGUUAUGGCCGCUCUGCACUUCGUAACUGGGUUUUCCAGGUCUCCAAGGAUGGCCAGAACUGGACCACGCUAUACACACAUGUGGAUGACUGCAGCCUGAAUGAGCCUGGAUCCACAGCCACAUGGCCACUUGACCCGGCAAAAGAGGAGAAGCAGGGCUGGAGACACAUCCGUAUCAAGCAGACAGGGAAGAAUGCCAGUGGACAGACCCACUACCUCUCGCUGUCUGGUUUUGAGCUUUAUGGCACUGUGACCGGAGUGUGUGAAGACCAGCUUGGAAAAGCAGCCAAAGAAGCAGAAGCCAACCUCCGACGUCAAAGGAGACUUGUGCGCUCCCAGGUCCUAAAAUACAUGGUGCCCGGUGCAAGAGUUAUUCGUGGCAUUGACUGGAAAUGGAGAGACCAGGACGGCAGCUCGCAGGGAGAGGGCACUGUGACGGGAGAACUUCACAAUGGCUGGAUUGAUGUCAUAUGGGAUGCCGGUGGCUCUAAUUCUUACCGCAUGGGCGCGGAAGGAAAAUUUGACCUCAAGCUGGCCCCAGGGUAUGACCCUGAUUCUGCAGUGUCAUCCAAACCUGUUUCAUCCACUGUUGCAGGCACGCCACCAUCCUGGAGCAGCCUGGUGAAAAACAACUGCCCUGACAAGGCCCCUCCCCAUUCCUCUUCCUCCUCAACCUGCACGGUCGCGGGGGGUGUGACUGGCUCCUGCAGCCGCAAAGGGAGCUGCAGCUCAGUCUGCAGUGUGGCAAGCAGCAGCGAUAUGAGUCUGAGCUGUGCCAAAACAGAGAGGAGGACAGAGGAGGCAGGCUCUGAUGUUCAGCAAGAUGCCAUACUGGUACUGUCCUCUAACACAGCAGCCUCUGGUUCUUCUACUUGCCCCCAAGGAAUGGAGACUGUCGGGGAAGGAGGAGAGCGGAAGACUGGGGAGACUCCCACCAUCUCAAUGGGAAUGGUGAGCAUAAGUUCACCGGAUGUCAGUUCUGUGUCGGAACUCAGCAAUAAGGAGGCAGCAGUUCCUCGCCCUCUUGGCUCCUCCGCCAGCAACCGUCUCUCUGUCAGUUCUCUGCUGGCUGCAGGGGCACCCAUGAGCUCCAGUGCCAGUGUUCCGAACCUGUCCUCGCGGGAGACAUCCAGUCUGGAGUCCUUUGUGAGGAGAGUUGCAAAUAUAGCCAGGACGAAUGCCACCAACAACAUGAACCUGAGCCGCAGCAGCAGUGAUAACAACACCAACACUCUGGGGAGGAAUGCCGUCAGCUCUGCUACAUCUCCGCUAAUGGGUGCUCAGAGCUUCCCCAAUCUCACUACAACGGGAACCACAUCCACUGUUACAAUGUCCACAUCCAGUGUCACUAGCAGCAAUGUAGCAACAGCCACAACAGGGCUUUCUGUAGGUCAGUCCCUCAGCAACACCUUGACCACCAGCCUGACCUCUACCUCCAGUGAGAGUGACACAGGACAGGAAGCAGAGUACUCCCUUUAUGAUUUUCUGGAUAGCUGUCGAGCAAGCACUCUACUUGCUGAGCUUGAUGACGAUGAGGAUCUUCCUGAGCCUGACGAGGAAGAUGAUGAAAAUGAAGAUGAUAAUCAGGAGGAGCAAGAAUAUGAGGAGGUCAUGGCAUCAUCCCAGAGCUGCACUGAUGUGUCUUGGUGUCCUGGGCAGGAGGAAGAGGAAUACGAGACAAAGGGUGGCCGUCGCAGGACCUGGGAUGACGAUUAUGUGCUGAAGAGGCAAUUUUCUGCCCUUGUCCCAGCUUUUGAUCCAAGACCUGGACGAACAAAUGUCCAACAGACGACCGACCUGGAGAUACCAGCACCAGGUACACCCCAUUCAGAGCUCCUAGAAGAAGUGGAGUGUGCACCUCCUCCGCGACUGUCACUCACUCUCAAAGUGACUGGUUUGGCAAGUGGCAGAGAAGUGGAACUCCCUCUUAGCAACUUCCGCUCCACCAUAUUCUACUAUGUACAAAAACUCUUACAGCUUUCCUGCAAUGGCUCUGUCAAAUCAGACAAACUGAGACGGAUCUGGGAACCCACUUACACGAUUAUGUAUAGAGAAAUGAAGGAUUCUGAUAAACAAAAGGAGUCUGGCAGAAUGGGCUGCUGGUCAGUGGAACAUGUGGAACAGUCCUUGGGAACUGAUUCUUUGCCAAAGAACGACUUGAUUACUUACCUACAGAGGAAUGCUGAUCCAAGCUUCCUGAGACGCUGGAAGCUCACUGGGACAAAUAAGAGCAUUCGAAAAAACAGAAAUUGCUCCCAGCUCAUUGCUGCUUACAAAGAUUUCUGUGAGAAUGGCUGUAAAUCUGGUGUGAUGCCGGCUGCUCUCUCCACACUGCAAAGUGCUGAUAUCCUGAUUCAUGCGCGAGAGCAGGCACAAGCCAAAGCUGGCAGCGGACAGAACUCCUGUGGAGUAGAGGAUGUCCUUCAGCUUUUGAGAAUUCUCUACAUUGUAGCAAGUGAUCCCUAUUCUACAAGGACCCCUCAGGAAGAGGGCGAUGAGAUGCUUCUUUUCAGUGUUCCUGCAGAAGAAUUUACUAGUAAAAAGAUCACCACCAAAAUCCUUCAACAAAUUGAGGAGCCUCUUGCUUUGGCCAGUGGAGCAUUGCCAGAUUGGUGCGAGCAACUAACCAGCAAGUGUCCCUUCCUGAUACCCUUUGAGACGCGACAGCUUUAUUUCACAUGCACAGCGUUUGGAGCAUCCAGAGCUAUUGUAUGGCUACAAAACAGGAGAGAGGCAACAGUAGAGAGGAGCAGGACGGCCAGUGCUGUACGCAGGGACGAUCCAGGGGAGUUUAGAGUAGGACGUUUAAAACAUGAACGAGUAAAGGUACCGCGAGGAGAAUCGCUAAUGGAAUGGGCAGAGAAUGUUAUGCAAAUCCAUGCAGACCGCAAGUCUGUGCUCGAGGUUGAAUUUUUGGGAGAGGAAGGGACUGGGCUGGGCCCCACCCUAGAAUUUUAUGCCCUGGUGGCUGCAGAGUUCCAGAAGACCGAUUUGGGGAUCUGGUUAUGUGAUGAUGAUUUCCCAGACGAUGAAUCUCGACAGGUGGAUUUAGGUGGUGGACUGAAGCCCCCUGGGUACUAUGUACAGCGUUCCUGCGGGCUAUUCGUUGCUCCAUACCCCCAGGAUAGUGAGGAAUUGGACAGAGUGACAAGACUUUGCCAUUUCCUUGGGAUCUUCUUGGCAAAGUGUAUCCAAGACAACAGACUUGUGGACCUCCCCAUUUCCAAGCCUUUCUUUAGGCUUAUGUGCAUGGGAGACAUCAAAAGCAAUAUGAGUAAGUUGUUGUAUGCUUCUCGAGGAGAUGAAAGUGAACAUUGCACAGAAAGCCAAUCUGAAGCUUCCACUGAGGACGGGCAUGAUGCUCUUUCUGUUGGGAGCUUUGAGGAGGACUCAAAGUCAGAGUUUAUCUUGGACCCACCCAAACCAAAGCCACCAGCCUGGUUCCAGGGUAUCUUGACUUGGGAGGACUUUGAGCUAGUAAAUCCACAUCGUGCCCGGUUUCUCAGAGACGUAAAGGAGCUAGCAGUGAAAAGGCGGCACCUUCUAGGUAAUCGCAGCUUGUCUGAGGACGAGAAGAACACACAGUUGCAGGAAUUGAUGCUGAAGAAUCCCACUGGUUCUGGAUCACCGGUCAGCAUUGAAGACCUGGGGCUCAACUUCCAGUUCUGUCCAUCGUCUCGCGUUUAUGGCUUCAGCUCAGUGGAUCUAAAGCCAAAUGGCGAGGAUGAGGUGGUGUCUAUAGACAAUGCAGAGGAAUAUGUAGAUUUGAUGUUCGAUUUUUGCAUGCAGACAGGCGUGCAGAAGCAAAUGGAGGCAUUCAGAAGUGGUUUUAAUAAGGUAUUCCCUAUGGAGAAGUUGGGUUCAUUUAGUCAUGAAGAAGUUCAGAUGAUACUUUGUGGAAAUCAGUCUCCUUCUUGGUCAGCGGAAGACAUAAUUAAUUACACAGAGCCCAAACUGGGAUACACGCGGGAAAGCCCUGGCUUCCUGCGGUUUGUUCGGGUUCUAUGUGGAAUGUCCUCAGACGAGAGGAAGGCAUUCCUACAGUUCACAACUGGCUGUUCCACGUUACCCCCUGGAGGUCUGGCCAACCUACAUCCCCGUCUCACAGUUGUGCGAAAGGUUGACGCUACUGAUGCCAGCUAUCCAUCUGUAAAUACAUGCGUGCAUUACCUAAAGUUACCAGAGUAUUCUUCCGAGGAGAUAAUGAGAGACCGCCUGCUUGCUGCUACCAUGGAGAAAGGAUUCCAUCUUAAUUGAGUGCUGUGCCUAGUUGGACAUUGCCUUUUGUUACUAGCGCACUCCCUCUCUCUCUCGUGUUUUUGUGUGCUGAGAAAAGACAUGGCCUUCCUUCCUCUCGCUGUGUGUCUCUUACAACCCCCUCUGCGAGGCUUUAAAGGAGAUAAUGGGUGUAACGCCUUUUUACUUUAUAAUUUGUUAGCUGCUAACGAUGAAAUUUGUCUUCAGGCAUGACGGACUUUAAAAGAAUACUUUUACUGCUAGCGGCAGUAAAAAGGUUAAGAGGAGAGGAACACCUCGAAACUAUGUCUGUUAGGGUCACUGCUUAUCUGCUUUCAGACAUUUUGUAAAAGUGUAACGGUUUCUGUAUACACAUAAUACACUACAUCGUCGGCAUUCCCCAGUCACCCACCUCCUGCGUCAGACCUUCACUUCGCUAGCUUUAACCCAACCCACCUGAAAGCUGCUUUCUUGAAACGUAGAUCGUUAAUGAACAUUUGAAGCUGUUUUUUUUGUUUUUUUUUUUCCCUCUUUCUUUUAUCUUCCCUGCAUCCCUUACAAUGGUGCCUGCACUAUUUAAAUGAAUUGCCUACAGCCCUCUUGUUUCUCUUUGUUUUGUUACCUGAUCCCACAAAUAUAAUCUUGCACCUUUAUUAUUUUAGGUUUGUCCUCGUGGGAAAAUGCUGUCUUUUUUUUUUUCCAGUUUUCUUUUUUCUUUUUUUUGAAAUACCCCUGCUAUGCAGAUCAAACUAAAGUGUUUGUGCAAAAUGAAAAAUUACAGAAACCCCCUAAAAAUGAGAUACCAGUGCAAAGUAACCUAACCUUUGACUGUCUAGGGUAACCUGUAGCCCUGUGUUUUGAGGGUGUUCCUCGCACUUAUGGGGUAUAAAAAAAAAAGAAAUCAAGCAAGUUUUUGCUCUCUCGUUGUAUUUUCUUUGUAUAUUACAAACCUUUAUUUAACUUGUUGCAGUUUGAAGUAAAAAUAUUAAAAAAUAAAAGACAUUAAAAAA